CGUCUUCGAGUUUCCUUUCAUGGCCGGCUAAACGCAGAAGGAGAGAGUUCCGGUAGCAAACCACUUCACAGAACAACAAAAGUUUCGAUGUUAUUUUCAAUUUCAACUUUUUCGGCUCCUUCAGGGACUAUUCCUUUGUGCUCCAAUGGCCGCAGAAUCCCCAACCGGAGCUACCAUAUUGUGCCAAAUAGCAUAAGAUCAAGAAAAGCUUCCCAUUUUUGCCAAAUAUUUCAUGGCCUGAAGCUCUGGAUAAGUGAGAGCCUAAGUGUUCUGCAUCAUAAUGGGAAAUCUGGAUCAUCACUGAAGUUGAAGACUAUAAAAAGUCAUAAAGAAGAUGAGUUUGAAGAAACUUCAUCACAUGCUCGGCAAGUUCCUGAAGGAGUCUUAGAAUCCACAUUUUCCAGUGAUUCCAAUUCAGAAACAACUAAAGCAACUACACAUCCUGAAGCAUCUGAGACUUCAGUGGAAGCUGCGGAAUCCUUGCCACAAUCACUUAUGUCAAACUACGUCGUUGGAGAUGAAAAAGUACCAUCCCUCUGUAUUGCUGUCAUUGGAGCUACUGGUGAGCUAGCAACAAGAAAAAUUUUCCCAGCACUGUUUGCACUGUAUUAUAGUGGCUUUCUCCCUGAGAAUGUUGGCAUUUUUGGUUAUUCAAGAAAGAAUAUAACAGAUGAAGAACUGCGGUCUAUUAUAUCUGCCACUUUAACUUGCCGUAUUGAUCAUCAACAAAAUUGCAGUGAUAAAAUGGAUGCUUUUCUGAGUAGAACAUUCCAUGUAAAUGGAGGUUAUGACAACAAUAAGGGCAUGUCAAAGCUCAAUUUCUUGAUGGAGCAGAUUGAGAGUCAUGCCGAAGCUAAUAGGAUAUUUUACCUUUCUGUGCCACAAGACGCCCUUCUAGAUGUUGCACACUCUCUCUCCAGUAAAGCUCAAACGAAAAAGGGUUGGAAUCGUGUUAUCAUUGAGAAACCUUUUGGCUUUGACAUGGUGUCGUCUCAUUUUUUAACAAAAUCUCUUCUUUCUCAAUUCGAGGAAAGGCAAAUCUACAGGAUCGAUCAUCUUCUGGGAAAGAACCUUAUUGAAAACCUUACAGUUUUAAGGUUUGCUAAUUUAGUUUUUCAGCCACUAUGGAGUCGUACAUUCAUAAACAGUGUACAGGUCAUUUUGUCUGAAGAACUUGGCGUUCAAACCAAAAGAUUUUUGGACGGUGGUGGGAUCAUCGGAGACAUAGUACACAGCCAUAUACUUCAAACAAUCGCAUUACUUGCCAUGGAACCACCCAUUAGUCUUGAUGGUGAAGCCAUUCGAAAUGAGAAGGUUAAGUUGCUGAGAUCCAUUCGCCCAUUGGAAACCAGUGAUGUUGUUCUUGGACAGUACAAAUCUAGUACUAAUGACAAAGUUGACCUUUCUCUCGACAAUCUGACCCCGACAUAUUUUGCGGGUGCUUUGUACAUUGACAAUGCACGUUGGGAUGGCGUCCCUUUCUUGAUCAAAAGUGGCUUGGGACUAAUCAAACACUGUGUAGAGAUCCGUAUACAAUUUCGCCAGGUUCCAGGGAACAUUUAUCGUGAGCACAUUGGGUAUAAUAAUGAAUCUGCAACUAACGAGAUUAUUUUGCGCGAUGUACCUGAAGAGGCCAUUCUUGUCCGAGUUAAUAACAAGAUUCCUGGAUUGGGAUUGCGAUUGGACUCUCCAGAACUCAAUUUGCUUUACAAAGACAAGUACAACGUGGACGUGCCUGAUUCAUAUGAACAUCUUCUCCUUGAUGUCAUCGAUGGGGACAGCCAUCUGUUCAUGAGAAGUGAUGAGCUCGCAAUUGCGUGGAACAUCCUAACUCCGAUCCUCAACGAAAUCAAGAAGAAUAACAUAAAGCCAGAACUUUACGAGUUCGGUGGGAGAGGUCCUAUCGGAGCUUAUUAUCUUUGGGCAAAACACGGAGUUCGAUGGGUAGAGGAAUAAGCAACAGGGCAUUUCAUUCUGUGGCAAGCUCUCUCACAAGAAACAGGCACACAAGAUUUGCCAAAUGGUUGAAUCAUUACAUUCAUCAUCCAGCUAGUUCAAUCAAUUGAAGGAAAGAGUCUUGAACAUAAAAUUUGAACCUAGUAGAAUUAAAACCACAUGAUGAUGCAACUACUGGUUUUGAUUCUCAACUUAGUUCCAUAAUCCUUGUGUUCAUAGGAUUAAUCUAUCAUUGGUUUAAGACAUUGUGAUGAAAGAAUAAGAGGAUUGUACUGUACCAUAUAAACAGAGUCAUUGCACCGAGGUUAAUCUGAAAGGGAAGAAACUAUAUCCCUCUGUAUAUUUUUGUAAUUUUCAAUGCAGAAUGAUUUAAACCCAAGUUGAUGUUAAAUUGUAGCUGAAAUGAAGAAUAUGAAAGAGCACCAUAUGGACCCAGGGAA